GCUGCCAUGCCAAUGAUUCCUUUUCUUCCCUGUUUCUGUCACUCGUUCAUUCGCGAGGCGAGGCCAAGUGCCGCCACACUGCUCUCUGGAGUCUCGACCGACCAGCCUCGCUCGGCGCCUCCCAGAUCUUAACUGGCGAAGAACUCCAAUCCUUUACUCUUGUCGCGAGGUGGGCGGAACUCCUUCGCCCGUCUUUAUGCGUCCGCCGAUCGGCGUCAUCUUUUGCUAUUUUUGCUCUUUAGGGCCUUAGCCUUCGGCAUCCGGGUGCCAUGGAAGGGCUUGAUGCGGAAGGAAACCUCAGGAUCGAUGGCAUCGGGAAAUACUCUGCCGGUGGAUCAGAUAAUAUUCUGUUUGAUGCUUCACAGUAUUCAUUCUUUGGUAAGGAUGACAUGGAGGAAGUUGUGUUAGGUGGUUUGGAAGAUGAUGAUUACUUUGGAAGUCUUGUUGGUCUUGAGCAAUCCAAGUUCUCUUCUCUUGGUGAUAAAGAAAUUGAAAGCUUAGGGUCCUUAUCCGAGAUUGAUGACCUUGCAACAACCUUUAGAAAGCUGAACAGAGUUGUCAAUGAACCAAGGAGUGUAGGCGUUAUUGGUGAUAGAGGUUCUUUUUCUAGAGAAAAUUCUUCUAAUGCGGACUGGAUACAAGAAACUGAUUUUCCAAGAUGGAUUGAUCACCAGAUAUUGGAUGUUGAAGAUGUUCAGGAGAACAAACGGUGGUCGUCACAGCCACUUGUUACUCCAUCUCAGUUUGAUGAACUAAAGCCGCUGUAUCGUACUUCUUCUCAUCCACACCAACUGCAGCAUCUUCACUCUGUUGAAUCCAUCUCUGUCCCCAAGUCAUCUUUCACUUCCUACCCUCCACCAGGGGGACAAAGUCUACCUCUAACUCGCCAUUCAAGUUUGCCAUCUGUGGGUAUAGCAGACCAGAUAUCUGGUCCGCUGCCUUAUUCUAGUUCUCUAAAUCAGUUGGGAGGAUUGCAUCCUGGGCUGCACUAUCAUCCAAGUAUGCAGUUCAAACAUCCUGGUGUCUCAUCUACUAGCAUGCCUAGAAAUUACUUGAUCAAUCAUUCUGACCUCUUUGUAAGGGAGAAUCACGGCCUGUUGCCUAAUUUAUUUCCUCAACAUUUACUUCCGCAAGGUGGUUUAAUUUCACCACAGUUUUUGUCACAGCAACAACAGCAGAGAUUGCUCCAGCAAUCUCUUGCCAAUUUCUCCCACCUGCAAUCUAACUUAUUCAACCGAUAUAAUCACCCUCACAUGAUGAACAACUUUGAGUCAGUUAGUGGUAUGCCUCAUUUUAGAGACAAUAGAUCAAAAUCAUCUCACAGAGGGAAACACAUGUCUCAACAGUCAGAGACUGGCAGCUCGAAGAGUGAUAGUGGUUUUCAAUUCAGAUCAAAGUACAUGUCCGGCCAAGAAAUAGAAAGCAUUUUGAAAAUGCAGCAUGCGGCAACACAUAUCACUGACCCUUACCAUGAUGAUUACUACCAUCAAGCUUGUCUUGCAAAAAAGUCAUCUAGUUUAAGACUUAAGCAUCGGUUUUGUCCAUCAGCAAUAAAGGAUCCUCCAUCACGGUCACGUUCUAAUAAUGAAUCCCAUGCAUAUGUUCAGGUUGAUGGACUUGGGAGAGUUCCAUUAUCUUCAGUUCGCAGGCCUCGCCCUCUCCUUGAGGUUGAUAUGCCAUCUGCAUCAAGUGAUGAUCAGAAAUCCUCUAUAAAGCCUCUUGAACAGGAGCCUAUGUUGGCUGCGAGAAUCACAAUUGAAGAUUGUAUUGGCCUUCUCCUGGAUGUGGAUGAUAUCGAUCGAGUUCUACAAGCUAACCAACCACAAGAUGGUGGGUUGCAACUGAAGAGGAGAAGGCAGGUUCUUCUUGAUGUCAUUGCUGGAUCACUCCAACUUGUUGAUCCAUUUGGUGCUGGUAAAUCUGAUAACUCAACAGCUUUCGCCCCAAAGGAUGACCUUGUUUUCUUACGUGUCGUUUCUCUUGCAAAAGGCAGAAAGCUCAUAUCACGCUAUCUUCACCUUCUACUUCCUGGAAGCCAUCCAACUAGAGUAGUCUGUAUGGCCAUUUUCCGCCACCUUAGGAUUUUGUUUGGUGGUCUACCAACAGAUCCCAGUGCAGCAGAAACAACCAUCAAUCUGUCCAAAACUGUGUCUUCAUGUAUGCACAAUAUGGAACUUAGCGCACUUGGUGCUUGCCUAGCUGCAGUAGUAUGUUCAUCUGAACAACCACCACUCCGUCCUAUUGGGAGUUCAGCUGGUGAUGGAGCCAGCAUAAUUAUAAAGUGUGUUCUCAAUAGAGCUACGGAACUUCUGAUGGACCCUCAUGCUGCAAGCAACUACAGUUUUUCCAACCGAACCCUAUGGCAGGCAUCAUUUGAUGCUUUCUUUGGGCUUCUAACUACAUAUUGCCUGAGCAAAUACGACAGUAUAAUGCAAAUGCUGCUUGUGCAAGCAGCUGGUACUACAAUUAUAGGCCCUGAAGCCAACAUCACUAUUAGCAAAGAGAUGCCUGUGGAGCUGUUACGUGCAAGUCUUCCUCACACCAACGAACAUCAGCGGAAGAUAAUACUUGAGUUUGCCCAGAGGUCCAUGCCUAUUACUGACGCUGGUACUCAUGGAGGUCAGAACAGGCCUGAAAAUUCCGAGUCAGUUCCAGGAUGAUGCACCCAAUGAUAAAAUGAAUCAUCUUUCGAUAUCACUCAGGUGAUUUCCUUUCUCUUCAUUAUGUUUGAAUGCAUACAAACCUGGUGGCACAUCAUACUUAAAAUCACAGACAGGUUUCUGGCAAACCCAGAUAGUCUCUCUACUCUCAUUUAAUCUUCCAUAUUUGAAUAGAGUACUGCCGACAUUCAUGCAAGAACAUUUGUGGAGUUGCAACUGGUUACAUAUAACUGUGAGUUGCAACAGUGGUUUCAUCGAGGGAGCUUACUUUUAAUUGUCUGCCUUGGCUUUCCAUACAAAUGUAAUGGGGAUAGUUGUACAGGAUCUUUUAUUACCGUUCUUUCUUUGACUCCCAGAAUCGCGAGGUUAUGUUUCUUGUAGUUAGCAUCCCUUAUGUGCUUCGCCUUCCUUCAUGGCUCAUUUCUUUGUGAGUCUAGACUCUAAUUAUCAUGCAAAUUCUCGUCUGAAUUGUACAAUCUCUUCUCCAUUGUAAUUUACAAUUCAGGAUAUUGUUAUUUGGUAUCCUGAUAUAAACUCUCUGCGUGGUUGUUUGAUGAA